UAGUCUAGAUUUAGAUUUCUACUUCUAUUUCGAUCUAGAUCUAGAUUCUAGAAUCUAAAUUCUACAGUCUAGAUAAUCCACACUGUUCUCAUCAGCUGUUCGUGCAAACUGUCAGUUAUAAUAAAAUGCAGAAGUUAAUUCAAGUAAAGUGCUCAAAUCAACAAACCUAAAACUAUUGCUAGGAUUCAUGUAAACAUUAGUGGAAAAGAUGUCUCUCAUGUCACUGACAGCACUAAAAAAAUUGACUAAAAUAAAUCUUCUGAGGACCACAAGCACAUUGACACAUAUCCAGCAGCCUAGACCAAGUCACCAUAAAUCAACCAGGUACCCCUGUGGUAAAUUUGUUCUACUUCAGAGUGUUACUGCCACUACAGUGAUGAUGCAGGACCACGCAACUUCUUUUACUUCUGUCAGUAGUAAAACAAAAUGGCAGAUUGAAGCUACUCAGUUGUUGAGGCAAGCUAAAGAAAUGUUUGCCUGUGCUGUAACAUCAGUUUUACCUCUUCAGAUGAUUAGAAAUAAACUCGCCUACAAUCCUACAACAUCAAUCCUUCAAGUGGAUUCCAGGAAAUAUAAACUAAACAAAAACGUGCAUGUUGUUGGCUUUGGUAAAGCUGUUUUGGGGAUGGCCCGAGCUUUAGAGGAUACCAUUGGUGAACACAUUGUACGAGGCGUAAUCAGUGUACCAGUUGGUUUACAGGAGGCUCUAAGGCAGGAAGGAAAAGGGGACAUGACCUUGUUGCCAAGUUCAAAUAUUCUGGUCAUGGAAGGAGCAGCAAACAACUUGCCUGACACUGCAGCGUUUGAGAGUGCUCAGCAGAUCAAAGAAAUAGCACAAAAUGUUGGCAAGGAUGACAUCUUAGUUGUCCUUAUAUCAGGUGGUGGAUCUGCUCUCUUGCCUGCCCCAGAGCCACCCGUUACACUGGAAGAUAUGCUAAAUGUUACCAAAUUAUUGUCCAGGUCAGGGGCUGACAUCAGGCACCUGAACACUGUAAGGAAACAGAUUGAUCUGCUCAAGGGUGGAGGUCUGGCUCAACUGGCCUGGCCAGCUCAGGUUAUAUCUUUAAUAUUGUCAGAUGUCAUUGGGGAUCCACUGGAUUUUAUUGCAAGUGGUCCAACUGUUCCUGAUACCUCCCAUCCAGAAGAGGUUUUAGAACUGUUCUCACGGUUUAAUGUUGAAGCCUCUGUGCCACAAACAGUUUUAACUCUCCUGCAGGGAAAGUUAGAAAAGCAAAAAUCUGUUUCUGCUGGUGGAAACAUUUCAAAAGACCAAGACCUUCCCGACCCAGGUAGUAGCCGUGACUCUAACCCCUGGGGUCAUGUUCAAAAUGUCCUCAUAGGCACCAACAAGAUUGCUUGUGAAGCUGCUAGUCAGAAAAGUUUAGAGCUGGGUUAUCACCCUGUAAUUUUGACAACAGAGUUGCAGGGUGAAGCAAGGGAGGUGGGCUCAAUGUUUGCUUAUCUAGCUCUGUACACUGCUGUAUGCAUGCAGAGUUCCAGCACUACUGACACUCUGGUUCAACUUGAGAGGAAACUUAUAGCAGAUUAUGGAAUCAAGGAGGACAUUCUCUCUGACAUUUCAAACAUCAUCUCACAGCGAGAAUCGCCAAGAUUAUGUCUAGUUGCUGGUGGAGAAACUACUGUCACAGUUAGGGGAUCAGGAAAAGGUGGCAGAAAUCAGGAAAUGGCUGUCUCCGCAGCUGUAGAGUUGCAUGCACAGUUCGGGAAGUUCAAAGGUCAACAAGACUUAACCUCCUCAGUCAGUGCAGUGUUCUUGUCAGCAGGAACAGAUGGGCAAGAUGGCCCAACUUCAGCAGCUGGCGGAGUUGUUGGCCUUGAUUUCAUACCACACCUGGAAGAGUUGGGUUUAAGAGCUGAAGAUUAUUUGGAAGGGAACGACACCCACACGUUAUUGUCUAUGGUUGAGAAUGGGUCUGGUUUAGUUGUUACUGGCCUAACUGGCACCAAUGUGAUGGAUAUACAAUUGCUUCUAGUUAGGAAGAUUUAAUGGCCCAUCUUUUUGUUUACUUUGUUAAGAAAUUAUAUGCAUUUGUUUUGGGGUUGUUUGGGUAAUAUGGUUUGACUUUUUAAAAUGUACUGUAAAUUAUCAAAUGUAAGCAGAAAUGUUUGGUUUGGAAAAAUAUUUUAUGUAACAAAUUGUAAUCUUGAUUUUCUUGCAAACUUUUUAAUAAUAUGAAAACCAAAAAAAAAUGUAUUUUCUUUUUGUGUUUGGCAAAAUGUUUUUCUUAUUGAUGUAACAAUAACAUGUAUUUUCAAGUAGCCCCACAUAAUAUUCAUGAUUUUAAAAUUUAGAACCACAAAAAAAAAGUUGUAUCUUAAAUUUGGAAUGACAAAAAAGCUUGGUUAAGUCUUAAGAACUGUGCUUUAAUAGGUUUACAAUACGUUAAAUUUUUUCUGUUUGCUAAAACCUUAAAAUAUGUGCUUGGUGUUUUUUUCUACAUUUGUAAGAGAUCUGUUUCCACAAAACUUAAACUUUUGUUUACAGAGCUGCAAAACAUAUUCUAAUUGUAUUAUUCUAACAAAAUAUCCUCAUCUAUGACAUCUACUUUUUUUCCCUUAAUUUUCUAGUCAGUUUAAGUUAAACCAUGUUUAGGCCUAUAUCAAGUGUAGCCUGGUUUCUUGUUUCAAUUUUUUUAGAUCAUUUCUUUUUCCCUGAAUUCCAAGUUUUUAAAAUGUGUCUAUGUUAUGUGCAAU